GAAGACAGCACUGACCUGAUUUUAGAUCGUACGGCUUCAUCCAUCAUUUUUAAAUUCUAUUUAUCAUCUGCCAGGUGUUGAUGGCAGCACUGGAGGGGGAGAGGUGAGUUUUGUUUUGUUUUUUUUAAUUUGUUGUGUUCAGUCCCGGCUGCAGCUCGGGGCGGGGGGGGGGGGAAUAUCAGCAUCUCUCAGCCUCCGCCCGCAUCUCUGGCUCUGCCUCUGUCCAGAGAGGUGGAGAGACCGGGAAGCACCGCACACUGACAAGAGGGGGACGUAUAGAGACACAGCCAGAGACAGAGAGAGAGAGAUAGAGGGGCGAUGGCCGCCGGUGCAGGAUGCGGGGAAUCGGUGGAUCAGUACCGGGCCGAGGUGGAGCGCCUUACGCAGGAGCUGGCCGAGGCGAACCGGGAGAAGAUCCGGGCUGCGGAGUGCGGUCUGGUCGUCCUGGAGGAGAACCAGGCGCUGAAGCAGAAGUAUGCAGAGCUGGAGACCGACCAGGAGACUCUCAGGAAGGAGCUGGAGCAAUUACAAGAGGCGUUCGGCCAAGCCUACACCAACCAGCGGAAGGUGGCAGAGGACGGGGAGACCAAUGAGGAGACGCUGCUGCAGGAGUCGGCCUCUAAGGAGGCCUACUACGUGGGCCGGCUGCUGGAGCUGCAGACGGAGGUGACGCUGAGCCGAUCUGUGGCAUCCAAUGCCCAGGCAGAGAACGAGAGGCUCAACGCAUUGGUGCAGGAGCUGCGAGAGAGUAACGAAAUGUUGGAGCUGCAGCGGAGCCGGAUGAGGGAGGAGAUCAAGGAGUACAAGUUUCGAGAGACCAGGCUGCUUCAGGACUACACAGAGCUGGAGGAGGAGAACAUCACGCUGCAGAAACUGGUGUCUACACUCAAGCAAAGCCAGGUGGAGUACGAAGGACUAAAACAUGAAAUCAAAGUGCUGGAGGAGGAGACUGUCCUUCUCAACAGCCAGCUGGAAGACGCACUGCGCCUGAAGGAAAUCUCUGAGGGCCAGUUAGAAGAAGCCCUGGAUGCCCUGAAGAGUGAGCGUGAGCAGAAGAACAAUCUGAGGAAGGAACUGGCCCACCACAUCAGCCUGAGCGACAGCGUCUACGGAGCAGGGGCCCAUCUGGCGCUCACCGUGACUGGCGUCGAGGGCCUCAAGUUCCCCGAGGAGACCAACGGAACAAACGGCUCCAACGGCAGCUCCAUCCCUGCUGCUAACGGCAACAAUGAAGACAUCAACCGGUGCAACGGUCACCUCCACACGGGCACGGGGUUGGCCAAGAUGAACGGGGAAUACCGACCGGGCCGAAAGGGAGAUGGCCUCCACCCUGUACCGGACCUGUUCAGUGAGCUGAACCUGUCAGAGAUGCAGAAGCUCAAACAGCAGCUGCUGCAGGUGGAGCGUGAGAAGGCAGCGCUGCUCAUGAACCUGCAGGAGUCUCAGACCCAGCUGCUGCACACACAGGGCGCCCUGACCGAGCAGAACGAACGAGUCCACCGCCUCACCGAGCACGUCAACGCCAUGAAGCAUCUCAACGGAGACAAAGAGCUCGACGACCCGCAAGAGAGUGAGAAACCUGAUGGCGGUUCUCUGUCACCACCGGUCAACAGCCACCAUGAUCCAGACAUCCAUGGGUUUGAGAUUCUGGAGUGUAAGUACAAGGUGGCAGUAACGGAGGUGAUCGACCUCAAAGCAGAGCUCAAGGCCCUGAAGGAGAAGUACAACCAGGCGGUGGAGGGGCAGGGAGACGGCCACAAUGACGACCGGGUCCAAGCACUGAGUGAACAGCAGGUAACACAUUUGGAGCGGAGCUGUCGUGAGGGCCGGGAGAGGGUGGCGAGCCUGGAGGCAGAGCUCCGAGCUGCGACGAGCACUGCCACAGAGAGCCAAGGCAUGCUGAACGCAGCGCAGGAUGAGCUGGUGACCUUCAGCGAGGAGCUGGCACAGCUCUACCACCACGUCUGUCUGUGCAACAACGAGACGCCGAACCGCGUCAUGCUGGACUACUAUCGGCAGAGUCGCAUCACACGCAGCGGCAGCCUCAAAGGCUCCGACGACCCCCGGGCUUUGCUCUCUCCUCGCCUGGCACGCCGCCUCGCUGCAGCAGCUGCAGCUUGUUCCUCCGAGUCUCCACGCAGCCCCAUGGACUCCCCAUCCAAAGACGCCCACCACAGUGAGGCAACAACCACCUCUGCAGACUCUCCAUCCUGCCACAACAGCCCCACGCGCAACCACACCGGCUCCCCGGUCAUCAGCAUCUCUCCCUGCCCGUCCCCGGUGCCCUCGGAUGCAGGAGGAGACCUGCGGAAGGAGCCAAUGAAUAUCUACAACCUGAACGCCAUCAUCAGAGACCAGAUCAAACACCUCCAGAGGGCCGUCGACCGUUCGCUGCAGCUGUCCAGGCAGAGGGCUGCAGCCCGGGAGCUGGCACCGAUGCUGGACAAGGACAAAGAGUCCUGCAUGGAGGAGAUACUGAAGCUCAAGUCUCUGCUCAGCACCAAGAGAGAGCAGAUAGCCACGCUCAGGCUGGUGCUCAAGGCCAAUAAGCAGACAGCAGAAGUUGCGCUGGCUAACUUGAAGAGCAAGUAUGAGAAUGAAAAGGCGAUGGUGACGGAGACGAUGAUGAAGCUGAGGAAUGAGCUGAAGGCUCUGAAAGAAGACGCUGCCACCUUCUCCUCCCUCAGGGCCAUGUUCGCCACCAGGUGUGAUGAGUACGUCACCCAGCUGGAUGAGAUGCAGAGGCAGCUAGCAGCAGCCGAGGAUGAGAAGAAGACUCUGAACUCCCUCCUCCGUAUGGCCAUCCAGCAGAAACUGGCCUUGACCCAACGCCUGGAGGAUCUGGAGUUUGACCAUGAGCAGACACACCGCGGCCGUGGCGCCAAAGUGCCCAAGAUAAAAAGCAGCCCGCCUAAAUUUCUUGUAGAUUGUCAGCAGCCUGCUGCCUCAGUACCGCCACUCUCCCCACAACUAAGGCGAGGGAGAGGCUCCCUAGUCCACAGUCCUAAAUUUGCGGCAGACCUCCAGGAACAGCGAGUAGUCCUGUCCAGCAGCAGGAGCCUUCUCUCCCCUUGCGACCCCCGUAACUGCCUGGCCCAGCAACCCCACCCUCCCGGCACCUAACCACGCCGCCCCAGCCCUCAGGCCCCGAGCCUCGGUCUGGUAGGAGUCCUGCAGAGACAGAGACACUCUGGAUGGGGAGUUAUCUCGGUUUAAUUCCCCUCAACCCAGCAGUCCACCCUGGUGCUUCCUGGACUCUGUGAACCUCCCCAAAGCGCAACGUGGCCCGGCUCUGGCAGGCCUCCUGGUUACCUGGGUCGCAGAAGACGAGCGGGACGAGCUCCUCCUCGUCUCUGGAUGUGGCUUCUGGUCCUGGAAGUAAAAAAAAACAAAACAAAAAAAUGACUGAACUGAGGCAGAAAUGCCAGUGACAAUGCACUGGAACCUCCCCCCUUUAUUCCUACUAGUAUUUAUUUAUAAUUUAUUUACUCUGUUGAUUAUUUAUUUCUGGGAUAUUUAUUACUUGUAUGUUUUUUGUGGGGUUUUUUUUGUGUCAUCCUGCGAGAUGGAAAUCAUGACAUGUUUUCCUGCUGUGAUGAAGACGAAGUGAUCAGAGGCAGAUUAGCACAUUGACUGCUGUACACGGCCAGUUUAGUUUCUCUUCCACACGUAAAAAAAACAAUACAAACAAAAACAGAACUUCUUUAUCAACAACAUUCUUUUUGAAACUUGCCUAACCAUACUAUACAGCAUUUAAAAUAUUAGAUUUUGUCAGUAUAACAAUCGAAACAUAAACCAUAUAUGCCAUUUUUACAUAGAAGUGUUAGAGUACAUUGAGUUUGGCAUUGCAGACACUAAUGAACCAUUUUAGUACAAGGAAAUUGUUUUUUGUGGUGAUGGUGGGUGGAUUUCAACUACUUUUCUAACGUCAAUAGUCCUUCUUGGGAUGCUUGUGUUUUUUGUUUUUUUUUUUUUACACAGAUUUUUUUUGCAAAUCAAAAGCAUAAAGACUAUUUUAUACCUCCUUCUGGUUUUAUUUAUUAUAUUUAUUUUUACAGCAGACUCUGGUGAUGCGUUUGUGUCUGUUAUAGCUCAGAUCUCUUCAGAGACUGGGAUAGAUGAGAGAUCAGGACUAGGGCUGUUGGCCUGGGGUUUUUGCCUUUUUGAAUUGCACAGGUUUAAAUGACCAUAGAGUGAACUGACCUCCUUCUUUUUAACAUUAAAGACCAGAGGAUUCCCCAAAGGUCUUCCUGAGUUACUGUCACCCUCAUGUCAAUGUUGUAUUGACACCAUAAAGUAUUCUUUGUCUCACUGUAUUGGUCAGAAACCCAGAAAACUGUCAUUACCACCAUGUCAUUUUCAGCAUCUCCAGCUACACAUACCUGUUGUCACUACACCUCCUUGUUCAGCUGUCCCCACAUGCAGUUCUGUACAAGCACAAUUAUGCACUAUGCAUUGGAGCAAUACAGUAGCACUGGUUGUAGACUGAUCUGGUUGAGAUUCACUUGUUCUUUCAACCGUUUCUGUUGUCAUGAACUAACCAGCAAGAAAGAUAAAACAGUUGGAGUGUCGCCAACUUUCUUGAGAAAAAACAAAACAGGGCACAGUCAGAGCACUUUCCUUUGACAAAACCAAGAUAUUGUUUCUUUUCGAAACACUGAGAUGGAUGUAACUUGUGACGUUCGUUGAAUAAUUUUUCUUAUUCCCUCAUAAUGUUAAAGUCUUCCUCGCUGCACUAAAUACUUCUGCCACAUGGAUAUGAAACGGAGAGCUUCAAACUACAUAGCCAGUGUUAGUGUUGUGAUGACAGCGAUGAAUGAGUGGACUCUUCCUGUUCUCUGUUCGUGUACAUUUUGUUGGAUUUGUCUGUGUUUCCGCUGUAAAUGGUCGCUUUUGCAACUGCAAAGUGAUGAAAACAUUUGUGGUCCAAAAGUAUCUUCUGAACCCGUGCAGGAUCAUCGCUGAUCUAACUCUCAUGGUUUGUUUGCACAAUUUAGCUGUGGAUGGAGAGACUAAUCUGCUGACUGCAAAGAUAGAGAGAAAAAAAACACAGAAGGCUAGCUGUAUGCUGUACUACAGUGGGUUUUACAGUUUCUCUGCCAUUCUAAACAGUGUUUAACUGGUUUCACAAGUAAAUAAACAACUUGUCCUUGGAUUUCUA